AAGACGUCAAAUCGCCAAUCGCGCUAGAAAAUACGUUGAUUGCUUAUAAUUUCUUGUAUUUACUUGUUUUUUGAAAUAUUCAACAAGAUUUGGUUUACGCAAGUGAUUCGAUUUGGUUGGUGUAUUAUUGUAGUUGCCAAAAUUGCUGAAGGAGCACCGGGAAUAUAUUCGUGCAAUUAGAAAUGAGGCUUGUCAUCCUGAUUUUCUCAUUAUUUGUUAUCUUCGUCGAUGUGCAAGCCCUGGGAUUUCUGGAUCAAGUGAUAGAAUUCAUCUGGCCAGCGAAUUUGGAGACAGUCCGGGAGACCUCCUCAGCUGGCGAUGUGCCAAAAAUACUCUUCGAGCUGACGCCGCACGAGACGACGUUCCUCGAGGAGGUGCUGUCGUUGUCCGGCACGAAAUCACCCUCGAGCCUGGACAGGUGCCAACAGAGAGUAGUACUCAAGUUGCGUAAACAAUGCCGGGAAAUGAAUGAAGAGGAGCUGGGAAAACUAUCUGUGAUGUUGGUGAAUUGCCAGCGCCAGUCAGAGGGCAGGAUCGUGCUGGAAUGCUCAGAGAGCAUGUCACUCAGGGAUUGUGUGUCAUCUAUUGACACCGAUGCGUAUUCUGCCUAUCAGACGAUGGCCACCAGAGCUAAGGCUGUUUGUAUUGCCGUGGGACAACAGCAAUAUCGCCUCUGGGCAGAGAAGGCUGUCAAUAAGCUUACAGACUUUGCUCACGAGCAGCUUCAGGCGUCAGAUCGGCUUGUGGAGGAUCAGAGAAGUCUUCAAGAAUUAAUUGACACCACCAGCAGUCGCAUAGCUGAUAAGGAGAGAGAGAUUCUGACGCUGAUAGACUUUAUUCGUGCGAAAUCCAUGGCAAGUGUUAAGGAGGCUUCUCGAGAAAACUCUUUGUGGAUGGAAUCACACAAGCAAAAAAUUGAGAGUACAUUGGAGGAAUUCAACAAAUUCUCAAGUGAUAUCACAAGUACAAGCACUCUCCUUGGCUCUGACCUAGAGAAAUUGCAUGAGAACACCUUGAAAAUUGCAAAGGAAAUCUCUGCGGCAAAUACAGAGUUACUAGAGCAAAUCGAGAAGAUCUCCAGCCAGUACAGAAUGACACUGGACCACCUGGGAAAUAUUCAAUCGACAGUUGAGUUGCUCUUGAAGACAAUCAAUGCCUGGCAAGAGGAUAUUAAUCGCAAUAGUGAAUGGAUUGGAAGCAUACUCGGUGGAAUUAAUGUCUACAGAGGAUUGCUUCAUGCUGGCUUUCUCUUCAUGGGCAUGAUUAUUCUGUCCUUCAUCCAAGUGGAUUCCUUGAGCAGGAUUUUAUUUGUUGUGACAACAAUUGGGAAUACUUUGGGAGAUUUAUAUAUGGACAUUGGACUGGAGAUGCCUAUUCUGCUGAGCACUUUGGUGAGCCUGAUUGGAGGGAAGUAUCUCGUGGGAUUGGUCAGCUGGAGAGAAUUGUUUUAUGGCAAUGCAGAGGACACAGUGGUGCAAAGGGAUGAGCGGCGGAGCGUGACACCUCAGCGGAGGAAUCCCCAGGAGUCUCUCUUCACAUGCACAGCCUUCACAGCUCAGGGAAAUCGAUGCCCAAAGUCCACCUUUGAGAGUGGAAUUUACUGCCAAGAACACUCGCUCAGGAGGAAAUAUGAUAGAUAGGAAUUUGUUAUGUUUUGGUUCUGUUUAUCAGGGAGAAAUCUUAAGAAUAGACAUUGGUUUG